AGUUAUACACACAUUUCAUGUUUCGAUUCAUAAACUUGCCUAACAGUCCCAGAAGAUUCAUUAAAUCGUUAUCCAGUGUCACAAUUAAAUUAUCAGUAUGCCUAAGAGGGUGAGCAUCGUGUUGCCCGAGGAGAUGCCCGCGGAUUCAUUAGGCAGCAGUAAAAACUUAAAGCCCACUCACACUGUCAAAAGCUCCAUCAGGAAUGCCUCCACCGUUGGGACGGAACUCGCACCGCCCAUCUUUGUAGUUGUCAGUCCGCACAGCAGCCAAAUCUCGAUAACCUCAAGUCAAUGGAAUACCAGCGUGACUAGCGAUAGUUCCCAAAACAAUGCGCCUGAGACGGACUCGAAAAUUCAAGCUGUAACAACCCUUGAAAGCAGUGCCUUGGCCCAAAGUGGUUCUUCAAACUCCCAGGAAUCCGCUAGUUUCGGAACGACAACAAACUCGAUCAAGCAGUUCCUCAGAACCACAGUUGCUCUCGUAAGGGCAGGCGAGUCCUUUACAUCUGUAAAACGCCUUUUUCACAAUUUUAUCAAAAAUAGCGGAUCUAUCUCAAAUUCCAAGCCUUCGCUGGUGACCGAAGAUUCAACAUCUCAAGGUACAGGUACGGAAAAUCCCUAUCUAAGCAAGUCUAACGACACGCUUUUGACGGACUGGUCGCUUCAGCUUACCGUUCCCAGCACCUCGAAAAUGACACCUACUGCUCCACAUUCGAACUUCGCAAUAAAUAACGCCAAUUAUGACCUGACGAGCCUCCUCUCCGACAUCACUCCACUGACGGGCUACACCAUCAGAAGCGAUGUGGCCAGCACUGAGGAGGCUGGCGACCGAACCGAUACCUCCGCAUAUACAGCUCCGAAUAACGUGAGGUAUGAGUUUGACAGCUCGUCGGAGUUACCAUUGGGUAACGUACUGCAUGGCGGUCUCUCGAAAUGGGGAAGGCCCAAUACACUUAAAUUCAAGAUAGCCAAACCAUCGGGGUCACGAUCGGUCUCAAAAAAUCGUUCAAGCAGUCGAUCUCUUCGCUUGAAAUUUAACGCGUCCACGGCUAGGACGCCUAACGUAACACCCAGAAUCGAUCACACCGCAUAUCCAAUAGAGCCAAAAUUGGCCUUGGUUAUUUCCACUGGUCCCAGUUCCGAGCGAUCGAGUGGUUCACGACGAUCAAGGCGGAGAAGCCAAGGGCCAUCACUUAACCUGACGGCCAAGAACUCAGCCAGCUCUAGUUCAAGGGCAGAGCUUGUCAACUUGAAAAUAUCCAGUGGCGAGCAAUCGCCAAAGUCAUUCCAGUCAAGAAACAGCUCUAAGCGUACUUCCCCCAGAAGCUCACGUCGGUCCUUCCGUUCAAGGUCCCGUACCAGUGCGUCGGAGAACCUGAAAGGAGCUUACCAGCAAAAGGGAGAGCGUGCUCCUGAAGUGGAGUACGCCUUCACAAUUGUCAGCCCCGAGGAGGCUGAUAACAGCCAUCCAGAAGAGAAUACCGGCGGAGACGUCGAGGAUGCCUCUUCAAACUGCCGAACAUACCAAGAGGACUGCAAGUGCCACCACUGUCAGGACAUGCGUCGUGCGGUCAAGAGGGCCGAAUUUUUUCAGUCACCCGAGGGCAAGAAACGGCUGGAGGCUAAGUUGCUGGCCAAGAACUUUUUUAUGGACAUCUGCGCGUUGUCGGAGGUGCGACACCAGAUUCAGGACGACCUGAAAGGGACCCGCAAGCAUCCUUCGGCGCGGGUCAGUUAUCCGGUGAGCAUUUGUGGUGCUACACGGCUAGACGGGGGCUCUCUGUCGGUGCAGUGGUUCACCCACGAUCUGGACAACGUGGACCACUUUGACAUUUUCGUGGAUAACGUUCCAAGCCGGAGUGUUUACAACCGGCUGGCCACCAAUACCGUGCUCAUCGACGUAAAUGCCUCUAAAACGCAUACUUUGCGCAUGCGAGCGGUUCCGACGCGUGGCACUAGUGGCCGGGAUUCGUCGGUAGACAAGUUCAUGUCUGAGGUGGCCGCCGGGCACAUGCGACAAGUGAUGAAAGGCCAGCUCUUCGCCAGGUGUUUUGAGCACUUGGACGCUCGGCCGCAGCAGCAAACGCUGGUGGACUUCUGGACGGACAGCGAAUUCCUAUACAUGCCCGCCUGCGACACCCUGAAAAUCACUAAGGGUCGCUGACUGGCCAAAAUAAACAGAUUUAUGAGCAUA